GAAAAUUAAAAUGUUUUCUAUAAUAUCAAAUUAUUAAUGUAACUGAAAAACACCCUUUUUGGGGAUACAUACCUGCAAUAGGCAAUAUUUUUGAUUUUUAAUGAACUAGGCCCACUAAUAAUUUACCAAAUCGGGCCCAUUAAUCCCCUCAGCUCUCAAGACUUCCUCAGAACUCUUCUCCUUCCCAAAAUGUCCACACACUCUUUACCUUCCCGCCAAUCUCCUCACGUAAACUAAACCCUCAGAUUCCGACUCACCGGAGAAACAUGGAACCUCAUCGCCCAAUCGCACGAAGACUACAUCGCAAACCCCUCGGAGACUGCACCAACACCGUCUCCAGAACCACCAAGCAACAGUCAUCUUCUUCCUCCUCCGUCAUCAAAUUCGCGAAUCCGAGCCUCACUUCUUCUCUCAAGAGGUUAGUCGAUCAAACCUCCCUCAGGGAGAGAAACAACAACGACAGCUCAAAGACUAGUCCCCGAUUCGUUCCCAAGUCUCUUUCCACGAGCUUGAGGCCCGUGACUCGCCGUGUCUCCGCCGAUCUGAGUUUCCCGGCGACCACGCCUUCUCGUCGCCAAAACUCGCGCUCCGGCGAGGGCGUUGGUGGUGGUGGUGACAAGGAGGUUGCUGAGCCUUACACUGUUUACACGGCUAGAAGGAAGGCUUCUCCUGGGAGAAAAAGGAGUAACGACGCAGUGGCUGCUAAUCUUCGUCUUGACUUGAUAUCAAGCCCUGGAAAGAAAAGACGUCAAGCAAAUGAAAACACAGUCAAGCCCUCGAAAGCGGCUCCCAUAAAGUUUCUAAUUACCUUACAGAGGCAGCGAACAACAAAGCAUGAGGAAGAUGAUUUGGCUAGCGGAGUUUCUCAGGAUUACAUCGAGAAGCAGAGAGCUUACUUUGCAGAGAUCGAUGCAUUUGAGCUGGCAGAAGAAGAGGUAUCUGAUAGCAACUUAGACUAAGUAAGAAGUGAUAAACUAUCUUAAGGAUAUGCAUGACACACCUUAACACGUUCGUUCAUAUCACUGUAUAGCUAUGGCUUCUCCUCACAUGAAAUCUUUCACUGAUCUAUCUCUUAAAUCUUAAUACACAUGACAUGCCAAUAUCAGUUUAUAAUCUUUGACUUGGUUGUACUGGGAGAACUUUAUUGGUUAUGCAAUGAAAAAUGCCAGUUUACACUUUACAACACAAGCUUUAUAGAUAUAUACAUCAUAAUACAUUCAUACAUCAAAGCAUUAUAACACUUAUUCUGUUCAAAGAGGCAAAGCAGUUCAUAGGACGUAAUCAAGAACACAACAGAUUCACAUACUCAAGCUUUGUUCACCUCGCCGGAUCCAUGUCUAGGACCAGAGAAUAGAGCUCUCUUCAUACUCCCCAUUGAA